AUGGGGUCGGGCCUGGCACAGAUGCUUAGGGAAGGGGAAUCGCAUCCUACGCACAGGACACUCACUAAGGAUCCAAUAAGGAGCAGAAUCCAGAGAAUGGGUCCUAGGACUGAUCCUUGUGGCACUGAUGCUUUUAUUGGAUACGACAGAGGACUUUUGGCAAUGUUCGUAAGGCGCCAAUCAGAGAAGCGUGAGGGUGAGGUCGAGGCCGCAGGAAUCAACCUGCAGGGUGAGGUCGAGGCCGCAGGAAUUCAGCCGCAGGGGGAGGUCGAGCCCGCAGGAAUUUUAGCAAAGUUCCUAAAGGGCCACUGUGCAGGACUCCACUCGGAGGGUGAGGUCGAGACCGCAGGACUCCACCCGGAGGGUGAGGUCGAGACCGCAGGACACCACCCGGAGGGUGAGGUCGAGACCGCAGGACACCACCCGGAGGGUGAGGUCGAGACCGCAGGACACCACCCGGAGGGUGAGGUCGAGACCGCAGGAAUUUUAGCAAAGUUCAUAAAGGGCCACUUCAAGAAGUAUAGGCCCGCAGGACGCCAACCGGAAGGUGAGGUCGAGCCCACAGGAAUCCAACCGCAGGGUGAGGUCGAGCCCACAGGAAUCCAACCGCAGGGUGAGGUCGAGCCCACAGGAAUCCAACCGCAGGGUGAGGUCGAGCCCGCAGAAAUCCAACCGAAAGGUGAGGUCGAGGCCGCAGGAAUCAACCUGCAGGGUGAGGUCGAGGCCGCAGGAAUUCAGCCCGCAGGAAUUUUAGCAAAGUUCCUAAAGGGCCACUGUGCAGGACUCCACUCGGAGGGUGAGGUCGAGACCGCAGGACUCCACCGGAGGUCCGAGACCGCAGGGAGGGUGAGGUCGAGACCGCAGGACUCCACCCGGAGGGUGAGGUCGAGACAGGACACGGAGGGUGAGGUCGAGACCGCAGGACACCACCCGGAGGGUGAGGUCGAGACCGCAGGACACCACCCGGAGGGUGAGGUCAAGACCGCAGGAAUUUUAGCAAAGUUCAUAAAGGGCCACUUCAAGAAGUAUAGGCCCGCAGGACGCCAACCGAAGGUGGUCGAGCCACAGGCCAAAACGAGGGUGAGGUCGAGGCCCACAGGAAUCCAAACGGAGGGUGAGGUCAGAGGAAUGCAGGGUCGAGCCCAGGAUCCAACCGCCGAGCCCACAGGAAUCCAACCGGAAGGUGAGGUCGAGCCCACAGGAAUCCAACCGGAGGGUGAGGUCGAGCCGGCAGGAAUCCAACCGCAGGGUGAGGUCGAGCCCGCAGGAAUCCAACCGGAGGGUGAGGUCGAGCCCGCAGGAAUCCAACCGGAGGGUGAGGUCGAGCCCGCAGGAAUUUUAGCAAAGUUCCUAAAGGGCCACUUCCCAGGACUCCACCCGGAGGGUGAGGUCGAGCCCGCAGGAAUCCAACCGGAGGGUGAGGUCGAGCCCGCAGGAAUCCAACCGCAGGGUGAGGUCGAGUCCUUAGAGAAGGUCGAUUCAGAAGCAAGUCAUUCGACCAAGAAUGAAACUUUGAACAUGUUUUUGAAACGACUUCUGUUGCAGGCCAUGGCGAACACCCAGGGGGUUCUAAGCACAUAUAUGAAGGACUUCAUCAGUGUUCUUUCUUGGCGCUUUGCAUGGCUGCAUGGCACGGGGCUGACGGCAUUUAGCAACCUUAUACCUACAUAUAUGAAAGACUUCAUCAGUGUUCUUUCUUGGCGCCUGGAAUGGCUGCAGGGAAUAGGGAUGACGGCAUUUAGCAUACCUGCCCUAAACAGAUUGCUCAAUAAGCUAAAUUUAGUUUAUUUAGGAAUUUACAUCCACUCAGAGGGUGAGGUCGAGUCCGCAGGAAUCCACCCGGAGACGGUCGAGUCCCAGAAGCGUGAAAGAAUGUCCCAUCAGGAGUGCAGAAGAAGGCCCCGUCUGGAGUGCCAAGGGUGCGGAAGAAUGCCCCACCUGGAGUGCCAGGAGUGCAGAAAAAUGCUCCGUCAGAAGUGCCGAAAAAUGCUCCAUCAGAAGUGCCAAGGGCGUGGGAGAAUGCCCCGCCUGGAGCGCAGGAGAACGCCCUGCCAGGUGUGCCAGGAGUGCAGAAAGAUGCUCCGUCAGAAGUGCCAAGGGCGUGGGAGAAUGCCCCGCCUGCAGGGCAGAAGAAUGACCCACCGUGAGUGUAGUAAAAUGCCCCGUCUGGAGCGCCAAGGGUGUGGAAGAAUGCCCCACCUGGAGUGCAGAAAAAUGCUCCGUCAGGAGUGCAGAAAAAUGCUCCGUCAUGAGUACAGAAAAAUGCUCCGUAAGUGCCAAGGGCGUGGAAGAAUGCCCCGCCUGCAGGGCAGAAGAAUAACCCACCGGGAGUGUAGUAAAAUGCCCCGUCUGGAGUGCCAAGGGUGUGGAAGAAUGCCCCACCUGGAGUCCCAGGAGUGCAGAAAAAUGCUCCGUCAGGAGUGCCGAAAAAUGCUCCGUCAGAAGUGCCAAGGGCGAGGAAGAGUGCCCCGCCUGGAGCGAAGGAGAACGCCCUGCCAGGUGUGCCAGGAGUGCAGAAAGAUGCUCCGUCAGAAGUACCUGGAGGGCAGAAGAGUGCCCCGACUCCCGCCUGGAGGGCAGAAGAGUGCCCCGCUUGGAGUGAAGAAGAAUGCCCCGACUGGAGGGCAGACCCCGCCUAGUGUGUCAGGAGUGCAGAAAAAUGCUCUGUCAGAAGUGCCUGGAGGGCAGAAAAGUGUUUCCCGCCAGGAGUGAAGAAGAAUGCCCCGCCUGGAGGGCAGAAGAGUGUCCUGCCAGGAGUGAAGAAAAUGCCCCGCCUGGAGGGUAAAAUGCUGGAGGGCAGAAGAGUGUCCUGCCAGGAGUGAAGAAGAAUGCCCGCCUGAGGGCAGAAGAGUGUCCUGGCAGGAGUGAAGAAAAUGCCCCGCCUGGAGGGCAGAAAUGCCUGGAGGGCAGAAGAGUGUCCUGCCAGGAGUGAAGAAAAUGCCCCGCCUGGAGGGCAGAAAUGCCUGGAGGGCAGAAGAGUGUCCUGGCAGGAGUGAAGAAAAUGCCCCGCCUGGAGGGCAGAAAUGCCUGGAGGGCAGAAGAGUGUCCUGC